CACAAUGUCGCCCUCCAGACACGCUCCAUCCGCUAUCCAUGCCCUCUAUCGGGUCUUUGUCCUCCCGGCUCUCACUUCCGCCACAGCUCCCGUCACCAAACGGUCCACUUCCGCCGCACAGCUCCUACGACUGUCCGCAACACCCUAUUCCCAUCGUCCCCAUUCAUGCGGUCGCAGCAGAACCUUUACCACCACCACACCGCUCUGCGCCAAGACUCGCGCCGCCGAAGUACGCUCGCAAAAAUGGAACGAAGAAAUCACCGCCCGCUUCAUCCACCUCGUCGACCCGAUCACGAACGCCCUCUCCCCCGAACCCGUCACGAGGUACUCAGUUCUGAGGGAUUUGGACACGAAAACCCAUCGUCUGGUGCAACUCAGUCCCGACCCUCCUCCUGGGAGAAAUUACUCGGAAUUCACACCCACGUGCAAGAUUGUGAGCAAGAAAGAAGCCUACGAAGUUGAGAAACGCGCAAAAGAUUUGGCCAAGGUGAAGAAGAGAGCGAUGAAAGUGAUGGGUGGGGCAGGGUUGAAGACGUUGGAGUUGAAUUGGGCUAUUGAUCAGCAUGAUUUGGGACAUCGGAUGACUCGGUUCAAAGAGUUUUUGCUGGAGGGGAGGAGGGUGGAGAUCGUUUUGGCGGCGAAGAAGCGGGGGAGGAAGGCAUCGAGGGAGGAGUGUGAGGCUGUGUUGGAGAAGGUGAUGCAGGUUGUGGGAGAGGUGGAGGGCGCGAAGCAGAGGGAGGAGAUGCAGGGGAAGAUUGGCGGGUUUGUUACCAUGGUUUUCCAAGGCAGACCCGUGGUCGGCGAGAAUAACGUUGCGAAUGCAAGUACGGGUGCGGAUGAGGAAGGGGAUGAGGAUGAGGGUGAGAUUCAAGAGAAGAAGCGGAGGAAAAGAUGGGACCAGAAUGCUCCAGAGACUCUCAGUACAGCUGUGGAAGGGUCUGGGGUUCGAGAUGGAGAAGUGAAGUGAAGUGUUCUUGUCUCAUGCAGACCGUGAAGCCGCAUAAUAUUACUGCUGCAUAGUUUCGCUCACCGGCUUUGACCGAGUCUCUCGAAUGAAAGUGCGACAUCAGCUUGAACCGGCCACAGAAACGACAGUCAGUCGAUGACCAGAUUCGAUUGUACCACUGGGUAUGCUCGAAUUACCAUCCUCCAGGGAUGGACUUUUGACACACAGACUGAUGCCCUCGAGUCGCGUCGUCGGUCGACAUGCAACCCAAGAGAGGCGCGCCAGAACUAUACCUUUGCAAACUGACUGUUGGACCCUAAGUGCGACAAAAUAGCUCCGUCUCUACGUUCUUCUGGUCUCCAUACUCCGAGUUGCGAAGAGGACUCAGUAAUACAUUUGAAAUAGCGCAAGAGCAAAGGGUCAAUCCUUUCGCCAUAUCUGGUUUCUUGUGAUGUUGCCGGCGAUGGGCGGCCACCACUCGAAUGACGCUCUUGCGUGGGGAGUAUCGUAAGGGCCAGUCUGUUGAGUCUGCACAUAGUCGCGCCAAUGAUAGCGACUGUGUGGCCUUAUUAGCAGGCCCUCGAUAAUUAUUCAAUGCCGCCUCAGUGGUCGCAUGUGUAUAUACCAAGUGGCGCUAGAAUUGGGUCUGUGGCCCCACCUCCAGGUAUCGGCCUGCACGCCCUCCACAACCAGCCAGAAAAUCAUGAUCUUCGUCGAGGAGCCCCAGAACCAGCUAGCUACUAGUGCCAGCUGAAACGAUGAGCAGUCCUGCGGUGGCACGCUUUCUAUUCCAUUGACUGUCCUUUAGUGCUGUGAGGAAAGCUGCCAGCCAAGCGCUCUGUGCUCCGAAAGCUAAUGUUAUACAUAACAGCACAGCCAUACUGGAAAGGCAAGAGAAAUCUACAUCUACUACGUCGGCUUACUUCGAACGACGGGAUGGAUGAUCGCUCUUCAACCCUGGCACUGGACUUUGGAAAUUCUGUCUCGGAUCAGCCUACUAAGUAAUCGGAGCCCGCUUAGUCUCGGCCAAGGUUGGGCAAGAUCCUAGUACAAUGCAAACUGCGUCAAUUUCUGCAAGGACGACAAAUCCGGAAAAAAUGUGCUACCAAUAAACUGCCAAAUGAAGAAGUUCAAAGCCUUGUGAUUUGUCGAUACUACCUCCUAUGACACAGGCUCAGGCGUUCAGCUACCUUCUCGGGCAACGGUGUCCAAAUUCUGUCGGAUAUCUGCCGGAGUGCCAAGUGGUUUGACUAUAGCAUAGGAGACUAUACCCUGCAACAACUCAUUUCGAACUAGACUCAAACUAUCGC